AAGCAAAACAAUUCCGCGUCAUCUAGAUUUGCAGUUUGCUCUCGGGCCACCUCCCUUUGCCUUUCAGAGCUUGGAUCGAGGAGCGGCUAAUCCAUCAUGGGUCACUCUAACGUCUGGAACUCUCACCCCAAAACCUACGGCCCUGGCUCUCGUGCCUGCCGUGUGUGCGGAAACCCCCAUGCCAUCAUCAGGAAGUAUGGACUUAUGUGUUGCAGACAGUGCUUCCGUAGCAAUGCAAAGGAAAUUGGAUUUAUCAAGUACCGCUGAAGAAUUUAAAUGGUGUGAAGUAGGAAGGAAUUCGUCCAUUAUGAGCCAUUUUAGUUUGGUUUUUGAAUUUUAAUGAACUUAAUAUGAUGUUCUGUUUUUGGUUAAUUUACUGUGGCCCUUUAAGGGGUUGUUGAACUAAGAAUACUUUGUUGGUUUUUCAAUCAAGUAAUCAUACUGUUUUUGUUUAGUAAUC